UUUAUCCCCUUCUUUGCAUCAAACCAGUUCGCAUAAGCCACAGCCAAGAUGCGCGAACUAGAUCCUCUCAUUUCAGAAUAUAGACAUGAGAAAAAACGCCCACGAGAAGCAGAGGCACUCUUAAUUCUGCGCAAAGUGGCCUCCAUGGUCAAACCGAUCAUGCGCCAGCGCGCCUGGAGAGUGGGUGCCCUUUGCGAGUUCUAUCCAAGCCAAAGGAAUCUCCUAGGUCUGAAUGUCAACCAUGGCCAGAAGAUCUGCCUGAGGCUACGGUAUGCUUCUGAUCAGAAGCAAUUCCUUCCUAUAGAACAAAUAACAGAUACCAUGCUGCACGAACUGAGCCAUAUUGUCCAUGGACCACAUAACCGGGACUUUCACGCGCUGUGGAAUCAGCUCCGUGAUGAACAUGAGGAACUUGUGAUCAAGGGAUACACAGGAGAGGGCUUCCUUUCCCAAGGCAAACGCCUUGGCGGAGCCAGAAUACCGCUGGAUGAAGCUCGCCGGCAAGCCCGUGCUACUGCAGAGAAGCGACGACUCCUCGCGAAGAACUCAGGAAAGAGGCUUGGUGGUGCUCCUGUACUUCGCGGAACGGACAUGCGCAAGGUUAGAGCGGAUGCUGCCCAGCGUCGCCUCGAGGUUAUGAAUGGAUGUGCGUCUGGAACAGACCGGGAGGCCGAACUUGUGGAGGAAGAAUCCAGAAACGGAUUUAGAACACAGGCAGAAGAAGAUGAUGCCAAUGAGGAAGCUAUCCUUCAAGCCUUCAUUGAGUUGAUCCAAGAAGAGGAACGUGAGAAAUAUGGGUCUUCAUAUGUGCCUCCGAGCCAGGAGAACCCGGCGGGACCUCGAACAGAGCCAUCUUCGUCCAAACCAUCUGCUAGGGAUAAAGCAGAACCUCUACAGUCCGAAAAAACAUCAGCUGUUGCGUCCAGCUCGACAAGUGCCAACAACAGUUCCUAUGACGCCCCGUGGACAUGUCCGAUGUGUACAUUAGAAAAUCCGUCCAAUUUUCUGUGCUGUGAUGUCUGUGCAGCAGAAAGGCCGACUCCUUCGAAUAUAAAUUUGGCUGAGGGCCCAACUAGACAAAGUUCUGCCCAAAGUGCUCGCACAGAACCAGAAAAACAGAAGAAGCGCGCCCGGCCAGAUGAUACCGGAGCAAAAGUCGACCCUGCCCGUGAUACGUUCGCAUUCAAGAAUCGUACUCGUGCGUUGGAUACCCUUUCGUCUCUAGACCGAGAUGCCAACAAACGACCACUAGGAUGGGUUUGCUCAUGCGGCACAUUUAUGGAGACUCAAUGGUGGACCUGUUCCUUAUGUGGAUCAAUGAAGCCAUCUUCUUGA